CCCUAGCUGGAUGCUGAUCCACUACCACUGCUUCAGCUCCAGGAGGUGGACUCUAGUAAAACCUCAGAGAGGCCGAGCUCCCCGGGACUCCUGCCCACUGUGUACAGCCCCCCGCUGGGCAUGGACAACCACACCGUCUGCAUCCCCUCUCUGUACACAGACAGUAGCCACGAGUACGGACACGGACCUCUGACUUUCUACAGCCCGCCUGUGCUGAGCUACACUAGACAGCCCAUCGCUGACAACCAGUCACCUCCGUGCCCCCCCCUCAGCCCCUCUGCCUUUUGGGCCUCCCACAGUCACACCAACGUGCCUUCACUGACUCUGCGCUGCACUCAGCCUCUCGUCUACAACGAACCCAACCCACAUGCGCCAUGGUUGGAGCCCAAGCCCCACGGCAUCACCGCCGGCAGCUCCAUCAUCAGCUGUAACAAGCUGCUGGGGAAGAGAUCAGAGGAAGGAAUGGAACGAGUGAACUCUUCCUCGUGUUCAUCCACACUAGGCAAAGCCGACAUGCACUUCUGCGCCGUGUGCCAUGACUACGCCUCGGGGUACCACUAUGGCGUGUGGUCCUGCGAGGGCUGCAAGGCCUUUUUCAAGAGGAGUAUCCAAGGACACAAUGACUACAUCUGCCCCGCCACAAAUCAGUGCACUAUCGACAAGAACCGACGUAAAAGCUGCCAGGCCUGCCGCCUACGUAAAUGCUACGAAGUGGGCAUGAUGAAAUGUGGUAUGAGACGUGAACGCUGCAGCUACCGAGGAGCUCGACAUCGUCGCGGUGGAAUUCACUCUCGGGAUCCAAUGGGCAGGGGAUUGGUGAGGGUGGGGCAUGGUCCUCGAGCUCAGCGGCAUCUCCACCUGGAGGCACCUCUCGCCCCAUUUGCCCCCCUCUCUCAGGGGAACCACGCACACCACACGGCCAUGAGCCCAGAGGAGUUCAUCUCUCGCAUCAUGGAGGCAGAGCCUCCAGAGAUCUACCUCAUGGAGGACAUGAAGAAGCCCUUCACCGAGACCAGCAUGAUGAUGUCCCUCACCAACCUGGCAGACAAGGAACUGGUCCUCAUGAUCAGCUGGGCUAAAAAGAUUCCAGGCUUUUUAGAGCUGUGUCUAGCAGACCAGAUCCACCUGCUGAAGUGCUGCUGGCUGGAGAUUCUGAUGUUGGGCCUGAUGUGGAGGUCGGUGGACCAUCCUGGAAAACUCAUCUUCUCCCCUGACUUCAAACUCAACAGGGAGGAGGGGCAGUGCGUGGAGGGCAUCAUGGAGAUUUUCGACAUGCUACUGGCAGCCACCUCUCGGUUUCGCGAGCUGAAGCUUCGGAGAGAGGAGUACGUCUGUCUGAAGGCCAUGAUCCUGCUCAACUCGAAUCUGUGUACGAGUUCCCCUCAGACAGCUGAGGAGCUGGAGAGCAGGAACAAGAUGCUUCGUCUGUUAGACUCAGUGAUUGAUGCUUUGGUCUGGGCCAUUUCCAAACUGGGGCUGACGACCCAGCAACAGUCUCUGCGCCUCGGACGCCUCACCAUGCUGCUCUCCCAUAUCCGCCACAUGAGUAACAAAGGCAUGGACCACCUUUCCACCAUGAAGAGGAAGAAUGUGGUGCUGGUGUACGACCUCCUUCUGGAGAUGUUGGACGCCAACACAUCCAGCAGCAGCAGUCAAACAUCAGCCUCACCGAGCUCUGACAUUUACUCUGACCAGCACCAAUACCCCCCACCUUCGUCUCACCUGCAGCCUGGCUCGGACCAGACCGCCACUGAUGCCGACCACACCACUGUGCCUCCACACAGACCAGCUGAAGCCCCGAUCCUGGACACACACCUGCAGUCUGUACCCCUGCUGUCCACACCUCCAUCACAAAAUUUCAUGGCGGCUCACAUGGACAGCAACGAUUAUAUCUAUCCGGAGCAGUGGUCAGUGGAUGCACAGGAUGGGGAUCCCUCUGUGGGUGCAACACACUGCAUCAUCGCUGAUCGAAUUAUCAUGGAAUCCACCUUGCAGGGAUGACGGGACUAACAGAGACAGACUGAGACUGAACCUUGACACCUUUCCGUCUCCCAAAGAUCAAGAAAAGGAAACAAAAAAAAGGCUUAAAAAAAAAAAAA